CAAUACUAUUCUUAAGAAACCCCCAAAUUUUCGUCUUCAUAAUCUUUGAUUCAGUCAAGACGCAUAUACUUAUAGAGAGAGAAAGUGAGAGAUACAUAGAGAGAGAAAGAGACCCAGUUAGUCCUUUUGAGUCUUUUUUACCCUACUGGGUCCAUGACUCCAUGACCUGCAGCUCAGAGGAUCUCCUUUUCGUCUGUUUGAUUGGAGGAUGAAAUCUGGGUUUGGACUUUGAAUCCCUAAUAAGGAGUUCUGGUGGUCAAUGGUGAUCAAAAGUGAAGGUUUCAAGACUCUGGAAAGUUGGAUGGACGAGUUGUAAACCUUCACCAAAGUAACUUUAUAUCGUGUCUUGAAAGCUUAAAGAUAACUUGACGAUGGGGUGUGAGUUUUCUCGGCUAUCUUCGUGUUGCUGUGUUACAAAACAGCAUGGCGUGAUUGCUGAAUCCCAUGAUGUCGAAAAAGAAGAGACAGGUGAAGCAAGUGAUUUGCCUUCAUUUCGUGAAUUUUCCAUCGAACAACUUAAGACGGCUACGUCUGGUUUUGCUGUUGAGAAUAUCGUCUCUGAACACGGGGAGAAAGCCCCCAAUGUGGUUUAUAAAGGGAAGUUGCAAAACCAGAGACGAGUUGCCAUCAAACGGUUUAAUAGAUCUGCGUGGCCUGAUUCGAGGCAGUUCUUGGAAGAAGCAAGAGCGGUUGGUCAGCUUCGAAACCCUAAAUUGGCCAAUCUACUUGGAUGUUGCUGCGAAGGUGACGAAAGACUACUUGUUGCCGAGUUUAUGCCACAUGAAACACUUGCAAAGCACCUCUUUCAUUGGGAAACACAACCUAUGAAAUGGGCAAUGAGGCUAAGGGUGGCAUUAUAUCUAGCCGAAGCUCUAGAAUAUUGUACAAGUAAAGGGCGCGCUCUUUACCAUGAUCUCAACGCCUACCGAAUAGUCUUUGAUGAUGAUGCAAAUCCUAGACUCUCGUGCUUUGGCCUAAUGAAGAACAGUAGAGACGGAAAGAGUUACAGUACAAAUUUGGCAUUCACUCCUCCUGAGUAUCUGAGAACAGGGAGGGUAACACCAGAAAGUGUGACGUAUAGUUUCGGCACCCUUUUGCUUGACCUUCUAAGUGGAAAACACAUUCCACCUAGCCAUGCUCUUGACCUUAUAAGGGACAGAAAUCUUCAGAUGCUUACGGACUCUUGCUUAGAAGGACAAUUUUCUAAUGAUGAUGGAACCGAAUUGGUACGGUUGGCUUCAAGAUGUUUACAAUAUGAGCCACGUGAACGGCCAAAUCCAAGGUCAUUGGUUACUGCUUUGAUUCCUCUUCAAAAGGAAACAGAGGAGCCUUCUCAUGUAUUAAUGGGCAUGCCACAAGGUGGCCCUGCUAUGCCUCUAACCCCACUCGGUGAGGCCUGUUUAAGAAUGGAUUUGACCGCCAUACAUGAAAUCUUGGAAGAUUUAGCCUACAAAGAUGACGAAGGAGCAGCUACCGAGCUAUCGUUCCAUAUGUGGACAAGUCAGAUGCAGGAUACGCUGAACUCCAAGAAGAAAGGGGACGUUGCUUUUCGCCAUAAAGAAUUCAAAACCGCAAUAGACUACUAUACGCAGUUCAUCGAUGUAGGAACCAUGGUGUCACCAACGGUCUAUGCCCGCCGAAGUUUGUCACAUCUCAUGAGCGAUAUGCCACAAGAGGCACUCGACGAUGCUGUACAAGCACAAGUCAUAUCUCCAAUUUGGCACAUCACUUCCUACUUACAAGCUUCUGCGCUUUUCGCUUUGGGGAGGGAAAACGAAGCACAUAUAGCACUCAAAGAAGGCUCGGUCCUCGAAGAGAAAAAGAACGUCACUUCUUAGAUCGUUUUCAAAGCGAAGAAUUCAAAAUCGCUCUUAUGACAUCCAUGAGAACGUAAAGGGGGAUCAUUGAACCGGAUUUUUGACAGAAAAGGUGCCAUUUUUAAGUGAAAAAGAGAAGCUUGACUACAGGAUGAGUUUGAGUUUUUGAUUUGCUUGUAUUUUUUUGGGUUUGAUUUGUUGAAGCAUUGUGUUGGGUAUGAUUGGUUGAUUCUGGUGGCGGUUGGUGGUGGCGCCACCUUACGAAGGUGGUGAAUGACAUCUUUACCCUUGAUGCCAGAUGAGUGAAGUUUAUACAGAAAAUCGUGGGUGGAUAAGGGAUUAAUUGUCAAUUCACACCUUUGCUUUCUGUAGAGGUUUGGUUUGCAAUACUGUAAUCUUUACCAACAGAUGAAACUGGCUUGUUCAUAUUCAUUCUACUGCACCAGUUGAGUUCUUUCUUGCUUGUUUGGUUUGUUUCCAUUAAUUCUUGUAUUG